AUGGCUACCCCCAGUGUCCUUACCUUUGAUGCUGAGGGUCGUGCUGUUGACUUAGAGGUCUGGGUCGAUGACCUACAGCUCUUCCUACAAUGCGAUAGGGCAGACGGACUCUCCCUGUUCGAUCUCACCUCCGGUGCCUCUCCUGCCCCGCCUGCUGAUGCUGACAGCACUGUUCGCUCGCAGUGGGCCACACGCGAUGCUGCUGCCCGUCUUGCAAUGCGUCGCCACAUACCGACCGCUGAGCGUGCGCACCAGUACAAGAGUGCUCAGACCUUGUACGACGCUGUAGUUGCACGCUACUCUUCCCCUGCCAUUGCUGCCCUUAGCCGCCUCAUGGUGCCGUACCUGUUCCCUGACCUCGCCGCCUUUCCCACAGUCGCUGACCUCAUUACGCACCUUCGCACUAGUGACACCCGCUACCGCGUUGCGCUUCCUGCUGAGUUCUCGGAGAAGAGCAUAGUCGCUGUAGGAGCCUCUCGUGGUGACCCUCGUACCCCCGUCUUUGAGGGGUGUUCCCCCUCCCCCCUCUUGCCCUCUGUCGCUUCUGAUGCUGCGGCCGACCUCGUCGGUUUCGAGUCGGUCGGAGCUGCAUCUGCCCCUAGUGGGAGACGCCGCACCAGAAAGGGCAAGGGGGGCAAGGGCGCUGGAGGGGCUGGCGGGGGUGGUGGAGGUGGCGGUGGAGGCAGUGGAGGGGGUGGGGGUGGUGGUGGGAGUGGUGGCGGGGGUGGAGGUGUCGGUGGCACCUGUGGAGGCGGUGAAGGCGGCGGCGGUGGCGGUGGGAGCGGAGGCGGCAGAGGUGGCGGCGGCGUCGGCGGCAGCGGUGGAGCUGGUCGCGGCUCUGCGCAGAGGAGUGGUUCCGGUGGUGGUCCGCGCCAGCUGCAGCAGCGCAGUCGUGAGACCCCGUCCCCCCAGCAGCUUCGUGAGUGGUACGCUGGGCGUCAGCGAGGUGGGGGUACUAGUCCCUGUACCUACGUCCUGCGUACCGGCGACCGCGCUGGUGAGCAGUUCGGGGGCUCGCACUCCACCCAGCGUUGCUUCGGCCGCCUGACGGACGCUUGGCGUCACCAGUUCCCUGACGCCACUGAGAUCCCUCGCUGGGGAGAGCUGUCUAGGGCGGGGGUUGCUAUCUUUGAUCUUGAUUAUGAUGCUAUUCUUGCUGCCAUGUAUGCUGUGUCUACUAGUGAUGAGGGUGACUGUUACCUGUGUGUUCCGCCUGACCCGGGCAUUGGGGCUGCUGCUCUAGGUGCUUGUGAGGCUGCUGCUCUAGGUGCUAUUGCGUCUGCUGCCCGAGGUGCUGGUGAGUCUGCUCUCUCAGGUACCACGUCGGCUCAGGCCUUCCACACCUUCACCCUUGACUCGGGUGCUUCCCGCUCCUUCUUUCGAGACCGCACCACACUUACGCCGCUUAGUCGGCCGGUUGCGGUCUCCUUGGCGGACACCUCCGGGGGUCCUGUCCUUGCUCGCUUCUCCAAUGUCUAA